UUUUGCUGCUCGUAUCUUUCCCCCUCAACCGCGUGCGCCCGACGUAACAAUGAUGGCCGCGGCGUUCGCGGCGGCGUUUCCGGCGCCGCGCGGUGAGCCCGCGGCCUCGGCGGGAGGCCCCGGCGCUCCCCCGACGAAGAACGGGUCUCCGCCGCGCUUCGGCGUCUCCAGACCCUCGUGGAUCGUGCGCACCGAGUCGAAUGUUAGGAAAGAGAAAGAGAAGAAACCGGAUCCUCCUUGUGUUGUCUGCAACGGCAGCAGGCGAAUAAGCUGUCACCAUUGCUGGGGCAGAGGCAGGACAAAUUCUGUUCAUCUUGUUAUGCUUCCGAAAGGCGAAUGGCCGAAAUGGUGCAAUGUUUGUGGCGGAAGCGGGCUCGAAUACUGUAACCGGUGCCUCGGAACAGGCGAAUUUAGAGAUGUAAUGGGCUUCCAUUUUAUGAAGGUUGACAGCAACCCAGAGCCAAAAUUUGGAGGGAAGCAAUCAAACAGAUGCUUCAUUGAAUGGUAAAUGGCAACUGAAGCAAGCAGAUUCUAUGAUGCGAGUCUCUCUUAAUGCGGAAAAUCUUUGGAAUUGCUUGUUGUCUAUAUGUUGAUCUGUAGUUUCUUUUGGCCUUCUAGUUUAUGAGAUAAGCAUUGUCGGUAUUUGUUUUUUAAUUGGGAGAACUAGAUGUAACUGUAUACUUGCUGAAGAUAAUCUGAUACUUCUUUUGAUGUGAUGGAGAUCAUCUUUACCUUGAAAUGUAUCUGAUUGGCUGCAUUGUGAUUCUC